CAUUCCGUUGUGGUUUAUUCAACGACGAACGUCAUGCCCGAACCAGCGAAGUCCGCCCCGAAGAAGGGAUCUAAGAAAGCGGUGACCAAGACGACUGGUAAAGGAGGCAAGAAGCGCAGAAAGACUAGGAAGGAGAGUUAUGCGAUCUACGUGUACAAAGUCUUGAAGCAGGUCCACCCCGACACCGGUAUCUCUUCUAAGGCUAUGGGGAUCAUGAAUUCCUUUGUGAAUGAUAUCUUCGAGCGCAUCGCUGGUGAGGCUUCUCGUCUCGCUCACUACAACAAGCGUUCCACCAUCACCUCCAGAGAGAUCCAGACGGCCGUGCGCCUGCUGCUUCCCGGUGAGCUGGCUAAACACGCCGUAUCUGAGGGUACAAAGGCCGUCACCAAGUACACCAGUUCCAAGUAAAGCGUCAUAGUGCGACUUGACUACCCCAAAGGCUCUUUUAAGAGCCACCCACGUUUUCACCAAAGACAUUUUCCAUCGUGUGGAUGUGCAUGUACCGUAAAACGAGAAAAGGAAAGGAGUAGUAGCUGAAGUAGCGCUUGUGUUUUUGUGCGCUGUGCCGUCGUCUUUCUUCCCUUUGUGCGCUUUGACGUCGUCCGUCUUCCCCUUUCCCGCGCGUUUUAUUAAAUUAUUUUCGUGUGCUUUAUUCGGCCGCAUGUAUCUUGUAAUUUAAAUGAAACUUGAAGUGCUUGAGAUUGGGAUUUGGAAACCCGUUUCUACUCCCCAGAGCUGGGUCACAGUCUUGUAUGAAACCUUUUUUUGGUUGUUUUUGUUUUUUUGUUUUUUAUAUGUAUUUUGUCACUUUAGGACAAGUAUCUUUGUGUAUAUAUAUUAUUGGCUCUGAUGUAACCUACAAGUAUGUGAAGUCACCAUGACAACUGUUGUUGUAAUCUUUAAUCUUCAUUGCCCACAUUGACAUUUCCUGUUGUUACAUUUUAUUAGUAGCUAUUAAUAUUCUUUUCACUUGUUUUGCCUUGUUUGCAGUAGAUGAAGCCUAGUCAUUUGCUGAGAAGGGUUAAGGAUUGCAUCCCAUCAUAUAUUGCGCUAAAGAAGUAAGUUAGGAGAAAACUGUCCAGAUAGGCCUUGUAGUGAUAUUCUAUUUGGAAGUAGGUUACACAUGUGCCAUACCAUGGAAGUGUGGUACUGGAAAUGUUAUUGGGGUUUGUAAGAGGGUAAAGCUAGGAAAGAGAUUAGGCUAAUGCAGAAUUCAGGGUUAUGAAGAGGUCAAGUUAUUUCCCAUUAUGAUGAAAAACAACUUGGGGUAAUCCAAUGUAGGGUUCUGAUGAAGUUAUGGUUAUUCACUCUAGGGUAGGAGUGAACUUGGGUUUACUCAAAUAAGGGUUCUGAUGACAUCAGGGUAAUGCCCAUUAGGUUUAGAGUGUACUUUGGGGUUAUUCAGAUGAGGGUUCUGAUGACAUCAGGGUAAUGCCCAUUAGGUUUAGAGUGUACUUUGGGGUUAUUCAGAUGAGGGUUCUGAUGACAUCAGGGUAAUGCCCAUUAGGGUUAGCGUGAAUUUGGGGUUAUUCAAAUGAGGGGUCUGAUGGGUUCAGGGUAAAUCACUUUAGGUUUAGAGUGAACUUGGGGGUUAUUCAGAUGAGGGUUCUGAUGACAUCAGGGUAAGGCACAUUAGGGUUAGCGUGAACUUGGGGUUAUUCAAAUGAGGGUUCUGAUGAGGGCAAUUCACGUUAGUGUUGGAACAUCAUUACCCCCAGCAGUGAUGUGAGCUCAGACACCUGACAGUGCUCACGUGGUUGCCUCCCCUGAUGAGGUGCACCUGAUGCCAGACAAAUAAGAGGACGGCCACCUGUCGAGGAGCGCCAGCUCAAGUGAGAGUGCCAGGUUUGGGGGCUUCCUUUGACUAAAACUGGGCUGAUUUGACAGACACUUGUGUUUUUAAAUGAUUUUAUUACGUUUUCAUAUCACAAAAACAAGCAAUGAAAACAUUAUAUACGAAUGGCAUUAUAAAGCAAUAUUUCAUAAGAGAGAAUCUAUACUUUAUAAUAAUUUUAUCUGUCAGUUCUCAUAAUUUUCAUACGAAAAGUAAAGUAAGAUUACAUAUGGGCCAAGUCACAGAUAAGCAUCUUACAUGAAAUUCUCCAAAAUGUUUACACUUCACACAUAUCCAUAGUACAAACUUUUUUUAAAAUUUCCCACAUUUCACCUCGUCAUCCUUUUGUCUCUCUUUUUUAAAAAAAUUACUAUACAUUGUUUCACUACUUGUUCACUAGACAAAAAAAUAUUUUCCAUAGUCAUUUUAGCUCUUGUAGACCCAAUUUGCUUCACAAUUGUGCAGGUAUACCUAUCUAAAACAAAAUGAUCUUUUUACAAUGUAUGUUCACAUUAUAAGCACG